CCCAACUGCAGCCCACGCAUCUCCAUGCUGGUAAAUGUAAGUGACAGAUGAGAGACGCGGGUCGAACAGGCUAGUCCACACUGCCGUGAUGAGAUGGCACAGCCGCUGGACGUGCAAGUCAUAUAAGGAGGGAAAAAAAUGAAAGAUGAAGGUUCUCUCAUCACUGCUAAAGCACAAUAAGAAGAGUCAAACUGGAUGUAACCCUGUGCAGCUGCGCAUCAAGAGAUACACGAGGUUUGGGUUAUGUAUGGCUGGAAGAAAAGGAAAGGAACUGGCUGGACGGCAAGGGGUGACUUUGGACACUUCUGCUGGUCCUGAUGCACUGUACAGAACUUGGGGCCAGUCUUCAAAAAGCUCUUUCUAGGCACAUCUUCCGUGGCCAAACGUGGUGGCCACACCCAAGUUGAACGCUGCAGGUUCCAUCAGCUUCUAGCAUGACGGUUGCGGCCAGCGACACUGCAGACGAAGCGGCUGCACAUCCCGGCCAGCCUCAUGAGCACUACGACCCAGAGCCAGAUCAUGAGUGCUGCGAGAGGGUCGUCAUUAAUAUCUCAGGCUUACGCUUUGAGACACAGCUCAAGACCUUGUCGCAAUUUCCAGAGACGCUCCUUGGUGAUCCCAAGAAACGGAUGAGGUACUUUGACCCCCUCCGGAACGAGUACUUUUUCGACCGCAAUCGACCAAGUUUUGAUGCCAUUCUUUACUAUUACCAAUCUGGUGGGAGGCUGCGCCGACCUGUCAAUGUCACUCUUGAUAUUUUUUCUGAAGAGAUUCGCUUCUAUGAGCUGGGCGAGGAGGCAAUGGAAAUCUUCAGGGAGGAUGAAGGUUUCAUAAGGGAAGAGGAACGCCCUUUGCCAGAGAAUGAGUUUCAGAGACAGGUGUGGCUACUGUUUGAGUACCCUGAGAGUUCAGGUCCAGCUCGAAUCAUUGCCAUCAUCUCUGUUAUGGUAAUUCUCAUCUCUAUCGUUAGCUUCUGCUUAGAAACACUGCCAUUUUUACAAAAUGAAGACGAGGACAUAUACAAUGAUCCCUUUCAAAGCAAUUCCAACAUUACCACGACCUAUGAGACCUCAUCAUAUUUUACUGAUCCUUUUUUUAUCGUGGAAACCCUUUGUAUAAUCUGGUUUUCAUUUGAGUUCCUUGUCAGGUUCUUUGCUUGUCCCAGCAAAGCUGGAUUUUUUGGCAACAUCAUGAACAUUAUUGAUAUUGUGGCAAUUAUUCCUUACUUCAUCACCCUUGGCACAGAACUAGCAGAGAGGCCAGAGGAUAGAGAGGCAGGACAGCAAGCUAUGUCCUUGGCAAUUCUACGGGUCAUUCGCUUAGUUAGAGUGUUUCGCAUUUUUAAACUCUCACGCCACUCCAAGGGGCUACAGAUCUUGGGGCAGACUUUGAAAGCCAGUAUGCGUGAGUUGGGACUCCUGAUUUUCUUUCUCUUCAUUGGUGUCAUCCUUUUCUCUAGUGCUGUUUACUUUGCUGAAGCUGACGAGCCUCGAUCCCAGUUCAGAAGCAUCCCAGAGGCCUUUUGGUGGGCUGUGGUUUCCAUGACGACAGUUGGCUACGGCGACAUGGUCCCGACAACUAUGGGAGGAAAAAUUGUUGGGUCUCUUUGUGCUAUUGCCGGUGUUUUGACCAUUGCACUGCCAGUGCCGGUCAUUGUGUCAAACUUUAACUACUUCUACCACAGAGAGACAGAGGGUGAAGAACAGGCUCAAUAUCUAAAUAUCCCAAGUGUGCCUAAAGCGAGCUCAGUUGAUGACCUGAAGAAGACUGGUCGGAGUGGCAGCGGGUCAACUCUCAGCAAGUCUGACUAUGUGGAGAUUCAGGAGGCUGUCAACCAUAGUGCUGACGAUUUUAGACCAGAGGGGAUAAAAACAGGAAACUGCACUCUAGCCAACACAAAUUAUGUAAACAUCACCAAGAUGCGUACAGAUGUGUAAUGUUAGCUAGUCCAAAUGAUUCUACUGAGACUGCAGCAAGAAUUAAAAAAAAAAAAAAAAAAGGCUCCAAAUUAACACUAUUUUGGGACAAUGUGCGAGCGUAGAGUGAAAAUUCGCUGUAAAGGUCAACAAGAGAAGAUCUCGUACUCGCCCACAUCUAAGGAACUCGUCAGAGCAGAACUGCAACGUGUCUAAUUGGGACAUCAUUGGCUACUGCACGAAGUUACUAUUACUUCCAUGGCAAUAGUUUUCUGACUGGCAAAAGUAGCCAAAUAGUCCUCUAAAAAGUAAUAAUAUGGCCCAUUGGGACUAUCUGUUUGAAGAAGACAAUGCACAAUAAGAUCGGUAUAAGAUUUAUUUUAAAAAUGUAAAUUACAGCAUACUUGAGACUAGGCCAUUGAGGUAACUCAGGCCAUAUUUUCAGUAAAAUUGGUUGUUAUAACUGCCUAGAUCCCAGCCAUACUGUAUAGGAAAACCUGAAAUGAGCAACAGAGAAAAACAGUGAUGAUUAUACCCAUUUGGCUUAAUGGUCAUUUAAUGCACUGUGUGUAAAGGCAUAGGCUCCCUUAAGUGCAUUCUCAUUUCUACUUGGGCCAUCAGUUCGACUAGUGGCCUCUUUGGAGAUCAAAACAUAGACUACAGGGAAGUGCUGUAUCUUUGAACCACAACAACACAUUACCCCUCUUCCCCCCUGUUUUUCCCCUCACUGACUUUUACGUGGGUAUGCAGUAUGUACGUAUGAAUGAAUGAAUGCAUGAAUGAAUGAAUGAAUGAAUGAAUGAAUGAAUGAAUGAAUGAAUGCCUUAUUUUGGACAUGAGAUGCACAACCAAGACCAGUAUGUUUUUUGGUCGUCUCUCAAAAGAGUAAAAGUCUCAUGCAAUAAUCACCAUUUAACAGUUGGUAUUUAGAUUAAGCCUAAAUUUUCUGAUAAAAAAAAAACAAGGAAUACAAAAAUAUCUAUAUCGCAUUUUGCGUCAGUGCCUAUCUUGUUGCUUUGCUUUUGUAUUGUGGUUCUUAUUUCUACCUUGAAGUGUCUCUUUUACUGCCAACCAGACCAAUUGUAGAAAAAAAGUUUGUGUAGUUGAGACACCACUGCCCAACAUAAACAAAACUGUCUUUAACUUCAAAGCAUUCCAUCUUUGUAGAAAUAACGUGACAAAAAUGUGGUGAAAAAUGCGGUGAUGCUUUUGCUGUUUUUUUUUUUUUUUUCGUUUUUUUUUUUUUUUUUAAAUCUUACAUGCUUGUGAAAGCAAAGAUAAACAGAUUUUUGGAUGUUCUGUUAAUUAAGGCGCAUAGAAUAUCAACACAAAAGGCCAGAGAAAGCAUAACGAAUAAUUACCAACAAAUAGAAUCUAGCAAGCUUUUACACAGUAUGCUUUGACACUCAAUACAACAAAAAAUAUGUCUUAUUUGAUUUGCUCUUUGUUGUAUAAGAAAAAGAUAUGCAUCCAUUUACUGUACAUACAGUAUAUAGCGCUGGAAAAAAAGAAAACUUCAAAAUGAUCAGUUCCUCUUAUAUUGGUAUUUAUAAGUAUGUGUUUGAAUAAAAUUAACAUUUUAUUUUAUUCUAUAAACAACUAACGAAAUAAUUUUCAAAUACAAGUUUGUCUGUGCAUGGGCUGUGAUUGGUUAGUUACUGGGUGUACACCGCCUCCUGUUCAUGGUUUGCUGGCCCCAGCACCCUGUGAACCUCACAAUGAUAACUGAAAUGGAAUACAAAUAAAUGAAAUAUUCUCAUUUAUUUACAGGACAUUUCAAAUGGAUGGUUGGACAGGACAAAAUACACAGACAAAACAAAAAUGGUCAUUUUAGUCUCCAUUUUUUUUCCUAGAGCUUGAAGUGUAUGUAUCUCUGAAUUAGUCGGAAACCAAAGAAAUACAGGUUGCCACCUGAAUCCACAUAUUGGGUUGUAAAAUAGAUGUUAGUUCAGCAAUCAUAUAAAAUGUUUAAAUGUUUGUACCUGUGCACUUUCAACAAUCAUUCCAAUUGUGCCCAUGAGCUAUUGCUGACUGUGCUUCCGUUUUUCAUCAGCAUUUAUCAAACCUUUGCUAUUCUGCUAUGACAGUGCUGCAUGUCUUUGGAAAUAUUCAUUGUAGCAUGCGUUAAUAUGAAUAACUCUGGCAAAUGGACAUAAAUAUAAUACAAAUGUAUUUAUAGGCACUGGAAAAUAUGCAGUGUGUGGAAGAAAUGUGUGUCUUGUUGUAUAACUAUGUGUGAUGCAUCUUGAACAUUUGGUCAUUAUAGGAAAAAUGAUAUGAGCUUGAAGUCCGGUGAACGCGCCAGUCCAUUAAUAUAAAGCUCCACUUAACCAUAAGAGGAAAAGUAAUGUCAAUGUCAAUGUUUUUUCCAGUCAAGUAUGUUUCCAUCAAAAUUAGUAAGUGCAAAACAUGUCAUGCAAUUUUCAUGACAGCACUGCAAAACAGCUGUUCUUACACCGAUCCUCUCUUCAUAUUCUAAUUCAUGUCAGCACACAGUGUACAGCAUUAGUUUGUGUUCUGCACAUGCAUACUGAACACAAUACUGUGAAUGGGUAACACAGCUUGGUAUGGGAGAUUGUUUGAGAAAUAAUUCAAAUGCAUAAUCAACCAAAUCCUGCAAUUGAAUGAAUGAUAAGUACCAAAAAAAGUUAAAAGUAAAAAGUAAAAAGUUAGAGACUAACACUGGCCAAACAAGGUUUUACUCCUAAUGUGAAUUUUUAUGACACUGUUCACUAGUGUCUUUCUAGUAUGUGGUAUGCAAAGACUCCAUGUAUCAAAAAAUUGUUCACAUACAAAAUGCACUAUUGUACUGUUCAAACCAAAAUAUGCUAUUUGAGCAUCCAAUGUGGCGGGCAAGACCUAUAGGUACAGUGCAUGAAAGUCACUGCUGUAUUUUACAUCAGCGGACCAUUGCACAAAGAACAAGAAUCACUUGUAUGGAUGUUUAAAAACAGUAUUGCCAGUUUGCUCAUGCAUGCCGAAGUGGCUGAAACUGUAACAUUUACUUUUGCUAUGAAAUCUACUGUCAAGGCUGACACUAAAAUCGAAUGGAAAUGUAAACAAUCAACACACAUGAACAAUACACAUUAAACACAUGAUGUAUUGUAAUGUAGGAUAAAAAUCUGAAGCUUUGGGUUUAAAUUAUCAUUGUUUUCCUGGUACUUGGUAGUAUAAAGUAAAUGUGUAUUUUCAUAAAUUAUAAUUCAUAGUGUAGACAACUGAGGUAUACUGUAUUUUGUACAUUUGGAAUGCUUUGUGAAAGGAAUAUUUUGAAGCCAUCAUUAAGAGAGUAAAAUUUCAUGGAUAUCAUAAACAUGAGAAAUUGCAUUGUUUUGCACAAUUUGACAUUGUUUGUUCAUUGUUAUUUUAAAAUUAGCUUAUGCCAUGCCUUCAGAAGGAUUUCCAGUUAAUACGGUCCCUAAAAACCUACAAGAGACUGUCUAUUUAAUAUUUAUUCAUUCAAAAUGAAAUGGGCAUUUUAAAUGUAAUAUGAAUUAUAUCAGCCUUGAUGAUAAAAC